AUGCAUUCUCGUGGGCUGACGCAACCCCGGAUAGCAAACACUUCCUGCAAUGGUUGGUGGCGGAGAAAGAUCCAGAUUCAGAGUCGACUUGACACGCGAGUCAUGCAGCUUAUCUCAAUUACGUCGCGCUGCCGUCUGGUAGAGAUGGACAUCCCUCCACCGCCUCCAAGCGAUGUGCCACCGCCGCCCCCUCCGCCGAGUAGCGACGUUCCACCUCCGCCCCCGCCGGCCGAAGAAGAGCUGAAUCAAGCACCAGUAUCUGGACCGCCUGUGAAGAAGAGAAAGCUUGAAAAGCCAAAAGCUGCGCCUUUGAGUGUCGAAGAACUUCUUGCACGGAAGAAAGCACAAGAUGCUGCUGCAGCAAAACCCAAGUUCCUCUCCAAGAAGGAGCGUGAAAGAAUAGCCAAGGAGAAAGCUGAGCGAGAGGCAGCGCUGGCAAAGCAGGCUGAGGAGGCUGUUGCACAGAAGCCGGAAACACCGAGUAUUUCGAAUGCAGCUCCAACAGCUCCUAAGGGACAGCGUAAUGGAGUGCCACCUCGUGGGCCUCGCGACCGGGAUCGACGAGAGCGGAACGACCUUGAUCUCCGCAACAAGGGCUACGACAUGAAACCUCCUCCGCCACCCAAGGACGUGGCUAUCGUGAAAGGAGGCAAGAGCAAGGCGAAGCAGACCAAUGAGACAGAUGCCGUCGCCCAAUUGAUGAAGGAACGUUAUAUGGGCGCGGAUACGAACACAUCGACCUUCUCAGCAUUGAAAAAGAGGAAGCGAACGACAGAGAAGAAGUUCAACUUCGAAUGGAAUGCUGAAGAGGACACCAGCCCUGAUUAUAAUCCACUCUAUGCGACUCGCUCCGAAAACAACUUCUUUGGACGAGGUCGUCUGGGAGGUUUCGCCGACGACACGACCGAUGCCCAGGCCCGGAAAUAUGCCCAGGCAAUUGCGGAAAGAGAUCCAGAGGCUGGAAAGCAACGUGCGGCAGAGAUAUUAGAGAUGGAACGAAGGCGUCGAGAAGAAGGCGGUCGAAACGGUAUCGACAAGCACUGGAGCGAGAAGAAGUUGGAGAGCAUGCGCGAACGAGAUUGGCGCAUUUUCAAGGAAGAUUUCAACAUUGCUACGAAGGGUGGAUCUAUUCCGAAUCCCAUGCGCCGUUGGGACGAGUCUGGAUUGCCGAAGCGAAUAUUGGAUAUCGUUGAGCAGGUCGGGUACAAGGAACCUUCGCCUAUCCAGCGUGCAGCCAUCCCGAUUGCUCUACAGAAUCGCGACUUGAUCGGUGUCGCUGUGACUGGUUCCGGAAAGACUGCAGCGUUCCUUUUACCGCUGCUUUGUUACAUUUCGGAAUUGCCUGCCCUGAAUGAAGUCACGAAGAACGACGGUCCAUACGCCAUCAUUCUUGCUCCAACUCGUGAGCUUGCACAACAGAUCGAAAUUGAGGCGAAGAAAUUCGCCACGCCCCUCGGCUUCACUUGCGUUUCUCUAGUGGGUGGACAUGCUAUUGAAGAACAGAGCUACAACAUGCGAGACGGUGCUGAGAUCAUCAUUGCAACACCUGGACGUCUGGUCGACUGUAUUGAGCGAAGAGUGCUGGUCCUCUCGCAAUGCUGCUACGUCAUCAUGGACGAAGCAGAUCGCAUGAUAGACAUGGGUUUCGAAGAGCCCGUCAACAAAAUCCUCGAUGCGCUUCCAGUCUCCAACGAAAAGCCCGACACGGACGAAGCAGAAAACGCAUCAGCCAUGUCGAUACAUCUCGGCGGCGAAAGAGGUCGCUACAGACAAACCAUGAUGUACACAGCCACCAUGCCCGCAGCAGUCGAACGCAUCGCCCGCAAAUACCUCCGCCGCCCGGCGCAAGUCACAAUCGGCAACAUCGGCGAAGCCGUCGACACCGUCGAACAACGCGUCGAAUUCAUCCAAGGCGAAGACAAGCGCAAGAAACGCAUCAACGAGAUUUUGAAUUCCGGAGAAUUCCAGCCCCCAAUCAUAAUCUUCGUAAACGUAAAACGCGGCUGCGACGUCGUAGCCCGCGACGUCCAAAAAAUGGGCUUCAGCUCCGUCACCUUACACGGCUCAAAAACCCAAGACCAACGAGAAGCCGCUCUGGCCUCUUUACGCAGCGGCACCACCGACGUCCUCGUCGCAACCGACUUGGCGGGUCGAGGUAUCGAUGUUUCCGAUGUGAGUUUGGUGAUAAAUUUCAACAUGGCGACGAAUAUCGAGUCGUAUACGCACCGCAUCGGACGUACGGGUCGUGCGGGUAAACAAGGUGUUGCGAUUACGUUUUUGGGGAAUGAGGAUGCGGAUGUCAUGUAUGAUCUCAAACAAAUGAUUUCGAAGAGUGCGAUUUCGAGGGUUCCCGAGGAGUUGAGGAAACAUGAGGCUGCGCAGCAGCGGGGGAGGAGGAGGGGGGAGAAUAAGGCUAUCGAGGAUAGUGGAGGGUUUGGGGGGAAAGGUGGGGACUUAUUUUGUCUGUUGUUCGAUAUUGCUGCGCCAUUGCCAGUGCUAUUUUUAGAGAGUGUUGCUAGAGUCUAUACUGACAUGUCCAGCAUUUUGUUGGGCCAAGUACGGAUGUGUUAUGAGCAGAAAUGUAUCCCAACCGCAGCUCAUCUCAUGUUUGCUUUUCUCUCGCAUUGUAGCCCGGCCUCAUUGAGUGUACUCAACACGGAAGGAGAGCGCCAACGCGAACUUAGGAUACUGGGAUCUCUGGGAAGUAUUGGACUGAAUGCCACAUUUAGACAUUCCCCGAGGAGCGCUGUUAGCGUAAUAAUAAGCACCGCGGCUCAGCGUACCAGGUUGGGUACAAGGCAGCUCUACUACAGUACAGCAGCGGAGGUGUCGGGUUGGACAUUAUGCCUCUAUGGGGAUGCCCUACUCCUGAAAGUGGGCGCCGCAAGGCUGUCGUUCUGUUUCCAUGUGGCCAAUACAUGGAUCAAGGUUCACCUGCAAACUGCAAGCAGGCCGUUAUUCCUCGGUUGGGAGGGAGAAAGGGUUUUUUAUGCAGUCUAUCGGUGA